GGCCCACCCACCUUCCCACCAACUUCAUCACACUCCCCUUCUCACUUUUUCUUCAAUCCUUCUUCUCGCUGACGAAUUGUUUCCUUUUUUUAAAAUAUAAAAACUGAGGAAAUUCCUCUAAUAAAGCUUAUUAUUGUGCUUUUAACUUUAUUUUUUAUUUUUUGGUUUUGUUUCAAAAUUGGAAUUUCACCGGCGGUCCUGGGUCCUCUCCUCUGGUCGGUUCUUUGUCUCCAUCUCUUUCUCUCUUUUUUUUUCCGUCUAGGCCGAUCGGAUUCGAAAACCCAAUUUAGUUCUUCGUUAAAGGGAAUAUCUCUAUUGUCAAUUUUGUUGAAUCACUCCCCAGUUUUUGCUAAUUUAUCAACGGAUACAUCCUUUUUUUGUGAACGAAGCAGAAACCGUUGGAGACGUGUACAAGCCUCCGUGUUGUUAAUUUCAAAGCAAUUUGCUUAAGUUUAAGGAGCUUUACUAAAAGUUUCAAACUUUAUGAUUUUAGUAAAACUCAGUGUUGUGGGUGAGUUUCAAAGCAAUUUGCCUCCAAGUUCUUGAGUUGAAGAAACAUAUUGGAACCAACAUUUCAAGAAAGAAGAGAGAAAAAAAAUGGGAUGUGUUUCUUCUUGCUUCCGUGUCGAAGACUAUGAGGAUUACACGAACCCAAGUAGUUCUAUUAAUAGAAACAGCCCGUGCCCGAGAUGUCUUGUUAACAGCUUACUUAACCUGUAUAUCACUUUGUUCAGAAGAAACGAAACAACCCGCUCUCUCCCAUCCUCCUUACAAGCUACUACCACCACCACUGUAUCCAUAACUUCCUCUUCUUCCUAUGAUAACUUUAUGUCUAACACCUUCCACUCUACUCCAAGGCCUCUGCCUUACGAUGCUGAUCCAGGCUUCUUCCGUUCACGGCUUGUCUCACGGCGCGAUAAGGGCUCAAGUCAUUCGCGUGACGAGGCUGAGCCCUUGAGAAGUCAUGAUGCUGCUGAUGUGGACUCUGAGUCUUUCUCUGUAGAAGGAAGCAAAUGGGCUAGUAAUAAGCUUAUGGUCUCUGGUGAAGAUUCUAAAGAUGACUUCUCUAAAUCCACUCGGAGGAUUCUCAAGUCAAAGACUAUGGAUGCUGGUGGUAAUGAUGUCGUUUAUGUGAUGUCUGAUGAUGAAGAUGUUUGUCCAACGUGUCUUGAAGAGUACACAUCAGAGAACCCGAAGAUUGUUACAAAGUGUUCUCACCAUUUCCACCUUGGUUGCAUUUAUGAGUGGAUGGAGAGAAGCGAGGACUGCCCUGUUUGUGGGAAGGUGAUGGAGUUCAACGAAACACCCUGACUGAUCAUCACUGAUCCUGUCUAAACUGAAAAAGGGGGAGAUCAACAAGGCAACAUAGAGAUGUGCAAAAUUGCUUUUAUCUGUAAAUUACUGUUUCUUAACAACAUUUUGUGUGUAUAUAUAUAUAUUGACGGAAAAAUGAAGACAUGUAAGCUCAGCAGAGUUAGAUUACUGAGUUCUGAGGAAACACUCACAACAACAACAACAAAAGAAAAGACUCAGGAAUCUGAUGUUCUGUCCAAGGAAGCAUUAAACUUGUUACAUCAUCUUGUAUGAACCCUUUUAUUAAUAUGUGAUGGUUUAUAAUUUGGU